UAAACGUAUCCAUUGUUGAAUGCUUGAGUUUGAGUGAGUUCGAACCUACACUACUCGUGGAACUCGUACGUUAUCUUCUUCCCGCCAAAUGCUCUGCUUUCCUCUUCUUCAGCUCUCAUCAUUUCUCACUACUACUCAACUCCAAAACCCAGCUUUUCAACCAUUCUCUUAUCUGCCCAGAAAAAUCCCUUUUUUUUCUCUUCCAAAAUGCCUCUCUUUCUCAUCGUUUUCUCACUUUCCAAACAUAAUCUCUUCUGGGCACCCAAGAAUUUUUCUGGGUUCUUAUUCUAGUUUGUGUUCGUCUGGUUCUUCGUCCGAUGAUGAUUUGGAGAUCGAAUUGAACCGUCUUUUGGCUCUCUUGCCUGAGGAAAUGAGGGUAAGAGUGAAUGAACACCCAGAGCUUCACCAAUUGAUUGAAGUGGUUAUGGAUUUGGGUCGGAAGCCACUCGCUCGGUUCCCAUCUGGGGACUUUGUUUUGUCAGAUUCUCCCAUUACUGUUAAGGAUCUUGAAUAUGCUACUUCUCAGGUUGGUGACUUUGCUAUCGACAAUCGAGCAGGUAUCAGCAGGACUUUGCAUCGAAUUAGUGCUGUCAGAAAUAGAAAGGGUGCCAUUAUUGGUUUGACUUGUCGUGUUGGUCGAGCUAUAUCGGGAAGUGCUAAUUUGCUGCGAUAUUUGGUUCAGGAUGGUUCUUCUUUGUUGCUCAUUGGACCUCCAGGUGUAGGAAAAACCACAAUUAUCAGGGAAAUAGCUCGGAUGCUCGCAAAUGAUUACAAAAAACGUGUAAUGAUUGUUGACACCUCCAAUGAGAUUGGUGGCGAUGGUGAUAUACCUCAUGCUGGAAUAGGUAAUGCGCGUCGGAUGCAAGUGCCAAACUCUGAUUUGCAACAUGAGGUACUGAUUGAAGCAGUUGAAAAUCAUAUGCCUCAAGUGAUUGUAAUUGAUGAAAUUGGCACAAAACUUGAAGCUAUGGCUGCCAGUACGAUUGCCCAACGUGGUAUUCAACUAGUUGCCACUGCUCAUGGAGUGACAAUCAAGAAUUUGAUAAUGAAUCCUUCCCUAGAAAUGCUUGUUGGGGGAAUACAGAGUGUGACUCUAGGAGAUGAAGAGGCAAGUCGACGGGGUGUCCAGAAAUCAGUGUUGGAAAGGAAAGGUCCUGCAACAUUUAGUUGUGCUGUCGAAAUAGUUUCAAAGACAGAGUUGAGAGUUCAUCGCAGCUUAGAUUCAACCGUGGAUGCAAUUCUUGCAGGUCGUCAUCCAUAUGUUGAAGUUCGCAAGAUAAACUCUGAUGAGUCUGGUGAAACUUUAGAAAGGGAGCCUUCAAUUGGCAGUUCAUCUGAUACAGAAAGUGAUCUUAUGGAUGAAGAAGAUCCAGAGCUGGUUGAGAGUGGAACUCUUUACAACUACUUCGAUUAUGAGGCCUCCCAAAACAUGGGAGAGGACUCGGGGGAAGGAGGGAUGCCACUUCGCCUUUUUGUUUAUGGGAUCCUUGAGGCGAGUGUGACACAAGGGAUUAAGCAGUUGAAGAUUGAAGAUAAUACCACUAUCUGCUUAACCAAUAAUAUCAGCGAAGCAGAUGCAGUUCUUGCCUUGCAGUCAAAGCUGAAGAAGAAUCCUCGCAUUCAAGCUGCUUUUAAAUCUCAUAACAUACCAAUUUAUAUGACUAAGACUAGCUCAUUGGUGCAAAUAAGGAAGGUGAUUCGGGCAUUACUCAGUGAUCAUGAAGAUGGUUUAAAGGAUUUUGGAUCAGUUGAAAAGGUCAAGCCAUCUGAGAAAACUGAUGCAUUGGAGGAAGCAAGAUUAGCCAUUGAGCAAGUUGUGAUCCCAAAAGGUGAACCAGUUGAACUACUACCAAGGUCACCGCGCAUCAUAUCACUUCAGUUUGAUCUUAUUCGGAAAUACCAACUGGAAGCGGAACAAAUAGGUUCAGGUGCAGAGACACAGCUGCGCAUCCUCCCUUUCGGUCAGACAAUUGAAUUUGAGGAGGAAAACGGUGAACAGAAUUCCAUUUCUGAUGAUGAUGAUGCAGAUGAUUUUGUUGAUGAUAAUGGUAACUCUAAUGGGUCUCCCUACUUGGCGGACAGACUACCAUUACUACCGGAGUAACCAUAAUUGUUUUAAUUUGAUUUUGGUGAUAAAGCUCUACUUAUUGAGAAAAUGUAUAUAAGACAUUGAUAAUUUUUAAUUGAAAAAAAAAAAAAAAUCCCAGCAAACUUAGCAGCUAAA